AUCGUAACCGCUAACUCAAUGAAAACAUCGUGCUGUUCAGUUGUUUUGAUGGCGGUAAAUUUUGAUGUUGUACCGGUGUCGAAGCAAAUCAUGCUUAAGCUAUUAUUCUUAUUUUUAUCGUGUUUAAUUAGUGGUGAAACUGCUAAACUAUCAGUUCCGCGAAUACUAUUACCAUAUAAUACAGGUGUCCCAACAAACUACUCCUUAGAAGUAAAAGAAGGAGGCUGUUAUAAAUGGAGUUCAAGUAGGUAUGAUUUAGUGUCAGUAACUCCAGUCCAUAAAGAAGGAGAACCUUUUUCUUGUUCAACAACAGCAUUAGUUUCUGCAGUUUCUCGGUAUUCAGAUAGAGAUAAUGCUAUUAUAUUGGCUGAAGAUGAAAAGUCUGGGCAACUUCUUCGAUGUGAUGUAGUGAUCGAUGCUAUACAUUCUAUUGAAAUAGUUACAACAACUAGAGUUCUCUUUUUGGAAGAUGCCCCAGAAGCUUUUGAAGUUGUAGCAAAAAAUGAUCAAAGUGAUACUUUUUCAAGUCUAGCUGGUGUAGCUUUUCAGUGGUCUCUAGAGAGUGAUUCUCUUGAAAAUGAUGCUUAUGGUGUCCUAAGGUUUCUGAAGUUUGCAGAUUCAGUUUAUAAAACUCCUCCAACAAUUGAUUAUUGGGAAAAACAAAAUUUGCAUGGAUCUAUGGUCUUAAUGGAAGGAGCUAAAACUGGUUCAGCUAAAGUUACAGUUAAGCCACUUGAUAUGGCUUAUAAGCAUGUUCCACCAUAUGAUGUUAGCCUGGUUGUUGUUGCUAAUCUUAAUUUGAAACCAUCACACAUUUAUUUAUUACCAGGAAGUAAAGUUGAGUACCAACUGGAGUUAAUAAAGCAAGGAAAAGCAUUCCCUAUAUCUUUACCAUCUGACCAAUAUUAUCUUGAAGUGGUUGAUAAAUCCAUUGCUAAGUUAAAUGAUCAAACUCCAACUGUGACAGCUUUAAAGUAUGGAGUUACAAAUGUUGCUGUGAAAGACAAAUAUAUUACUGGCAAGGAAAUUGCAUAUUUGCCUUCUGGUGUUAUCCAUGUUACCCCUCCCUCCUAUCUGACAUUAUCUGUUCAUCCUGGAGAAAAGUGGAGUUUGGAGGAGAAUAAAUUUUACUAUGUUACUGUUAAUUUGUAUGAUAGAAACAGUCAUCCUAUUCAUUUGACUAAAGAUGUGCGAGUAUCAGUGCAAUUCCCUUCAAAUUUUUUUCAAGCUAAAUCUCUGAUGCCAAAUGGGACAUAUCAUGAAAUUAAGGCUCUUAUACCAGGCUCUUGUAUAAUUACAGCCCAACUUUUAGGUGUUACUGAUGAGGAUGGUCUUAUUAAAAAGAUUGAGCCAAGUGUAAGCGGAUCACAGGAUGUUGUAAUAUAUGAAAGUAUAAAAGUUAUACCAUCUGAAACAUUAUUACCGUGGGAUCCUUUAACCAAGCCAGUAUAUUCCAUCUUCUUGAAGGCUAUGGGUGGUACAGGUAGCUUCAAAUGGAAAAGCGAAGAUAAUCACUUAGGAUCAGUUCAGUCAGUGUAUCUCGAGGAUGAACCUAAAGCAAAAGUUACAACUUAUGGUGUUGGCAGCUUUUUUGUCCAUGCUAUUGAUGCUAAUCUCCCUACAUUUACUGGAUCUGGAAGAGUAUCAGUUGAACGCAUUAUUGAUAUGAAAAUUUUACCUGAUAAAGUAGAAGUUGAAUUGAAUGGCAGUUUAAGUUUGCCUGUUGCUAUGUUUGGCUAUUCAUACGAUAAAACAGUUCAAUUGUUUACAAACUGUUCAAGCAUUCCAUUAAUGGUUGAAAUUGAUGAAUUACAAAAGUUUAUUCAAGCUACAGAUAUCAAUGUACCUGUUAAACCUACAGCCUGUAGAAACAUUUUACUGAAAUGUGUUGCUAAAGGCUUUAAUCGCAUACGUGUAAAAUAUGAACGUGAGGAUGUAUCUUUAAAGAAAGCUGCCAUAGUGGCAUGUUACAAGAAAUUGAGAGUUGUCAAUCCAAGCAAUGAAGCAGUAAUUGCAGUUGGUUCGUCAUUAAAUAUAAUUUUUGAAGGCGGACCAAGGCCUUGGCCAACAUGUUCUUCUCACUUUGUUGAUGUAAUUGCAGAUUAUGAUUUUGUUGAUGUUUUUGUGGUGAAAAAUGAAUCUGACGUAUCUGAUGUCCAUAGAGUUCAUGCCUUUUGUAAGAGCUAUGGCGAAAAAGCAUAUAAACUGAAAGUUGGUAAUCUUCCCUGUGACUCUAAUAAAAAUCCUGCAGUUAAUGAAGCACAGGUCAAAAUUUCAUGCUCUGAACCUGAAUCUAUGCAUUUGAAACCCAUUCUUUCAACAGUUCAUGGGAAAUGUCCAAGAAGUACAGAAAACCAUAUUGCUGUUCAUAGUGCUCAAAAUUUAGAGAUAGAAGUUAUUGUUAAGGACAAGUUUGGCAGAGAAUUUCAUAAUAUAUCAUCUUUUGAUAUCAAGUGGUAUCUCUCUGAUACAAAGUUAGCAUCUUUAGCAAACAAUCAAGGAACUAAAAUGAGGCUGGUUAGAUUGAAAGAUUUUCAAUUAAAAACAAGAUAUUAUCAAGACCUUUAUCCUUUUGGUCCCGAAGGUGUACUGAAAGUUUCAGCCAGUAUCUUAGGUUACUCAUCCAACAUUAUUCAAGAUGAAAAUUUCCUUAUUGAUACUUACAUCUCACCUAUAAACACCACACUUAAUUUACUUCUUGUAGAGAAGGCUGAAAUAGAACCUAAAAAAGUGUCUGUUUUUAACAGCCCUUCCAAUAAGGUCUAUUUGAAUAUCACAAAAGGGUCAGGACAUUUCCAAAUUGAAACAAGUUCAUCAAAUAAGGCCAAUGUUAUCUAUAAAAGCUCAUCACGUCAAAUUGAGAUCACCCCACUUGAAACUGGAACUCUGACCAUAACUGUGACUGAUCUUUGUUUAGGAAUCAUUCAUGAAUCUGUUGCUGAAAUUCAAAUUUAUGGCAUUUCAGCUGUUGUUGUGGAUGUCAUUGAUAAGGUUCAAUUAGGUAAAUCUAUAAUAGCUACUGUUGAAGUUUUAAAUGAAGAUAUGCAACGUAUACCUGCUUCUGUUUUUGGCCUGAUGAAUCUGCAACCUGCACUAUCUUCUGAUGUCGUCUCUGUCAGAUUAGCUGCACAACCUGAUCCACAUCAAUAUCAAGCUCUGUACAAAAUUAAAGGCUUAUCACUUGGAGUAACAAACUUCAAAGUUGGCACAAAAGCUAGCGUUUUCAAAGAACAGUAUGCUAGUGAAUCAUACCCUAUUCAGGUAUUUUUACCUUUGAAGGUUGACCCAGAUCGAAUUGUCUUAAUAGUUGGUGCAACUUUUCAAGUAUUAUGUUCUGGAGGUCCUCAUCCACAAAUGAAUAUAGAAUUCAUCAUUGACAAUAAGGAUAUUGCUGUUGUCUCAGAAGCUGGUAUUGUGGAAGCCAAAAAAGUGGGAGAAACAACUUUGAUAGCAAAAUCGUAUGGUCAAGAUAAGAAAGGUGAAACAAUUGUGUUUUCUGAGGAUAAAAUAAUUGUGACAUGUGUUUCACUAAAAGAAGUAAAGAUUCAUGCACCAUUAUCAAGAAUGGUUGCUGGAACGGAGAUGCCUAUUUAUGCAACUGGUCUUACAGAACAUUUAAACCCAUUUGCUUUUGGUAAUGCUGUACCUCCUGCUUAUUUUAAAUGGACUGUCAGUAAUGAUAAAGUUGCCUCCAUAUUCAAUAUGUAUAAUCCUGUUGGUCUUCAAGAAUCACCUGAAAAUAAUUUCCGUGUUAAUCUGCAUGCACACCAAGAUGGUUUAGUUACAGUACACGUGGAGGUCACUAUUCCUAAAGAAAGAUCUCCUUCAUUUUUUGGUGGUCCUCAAGUUCUAAGUAGUGAAAUACAAAUUCAAGUCUUUAAAAGGUUAAGAUUAACAAAUCCAGAAGUUGAUGAUGGAAUGAUUUUGAUGUCUCCGAACUCACAGCUUAAACUGAACUGCAACAGGUUUGGUGAGGCUAAAAUAACUUAUAAACUCUCACCGACUGAAAGCAAAACAUUUGAUACUUCACUUGUUAAAGUGGAUGAAACAGGAAACUUAGUUGCUUCAUCAAAGACUGGGUCUGCUAUUCUAUUAGUAACUGCUGUAGAAGAAUUUGGUGUCACUCAACGUUUAUCUGUUGUAGUUAAGGUUGAAGAGAAAGCAUACAUGAUGUUAAAACCUACAGGAAUGAUAAGAACUAAAGAUUGGCAUUUAAAUAUAUUGCCUGUUGGAUUUAUAAUUCCAUUUAAAGUAACAUAUCAUAAUAAUAUUGGUCAAGUUUUUGAUGCUGUCAGCUCUGAACUUCAAUACAGAACCAGCAGACUUAAUUCAGCACGAGUGUCUUCCGGAGCUGCAAAUAACACCCUGAGCAUUCAAAUUGUCAAGGCUGGUUUUACUGUUUUAAAAGUUUGGGAUUCUCAGUCAUCUAUCCCUCCUGAUUAUAUUAAGCUUGUAACUGGUUCAGCUAUCGAUCCUAAUGAUGUUCAUCUUACUGUUGGUGAUGUUGUGUGCUUUGGCAGCCCCUUGGUAACUAAAGAAGGUCAUGGUGGAACAUGGUCUAGCUCCAAAAAUGUCAUAGCAAUUCACCCAGUAUCCGGAGGAGCUGUUGCCUUAAGCCCAGGACACACAACUAUUGUUUAUUCAUUAGUAAAUGGUUUUAGCACAUCAACACAGGUAACUAUUCAAGAUGCAACUCAUAUAGAAAUAGAAUCUGGUAGUCUUACAGUUGUGAGUAAUCUUCCUCGCUCUAAACCUUACAAGAUUCCUGUAAUUGUUCAAAAUAAGAAUUCCCGGAGAACUAAUAACAUUAUAGGCAAAAACUGUACAUCAGCCACAGAACAUUCAAUGCCUUUACCUCUUAUCCAACCACCAUUCACUUGUGAAUUAAACUUUAUCAGUUCAUCAAUGGAUGUGAGUGUCAAUGAUUUGUUCCACACAUCAAGUGGUUUUGAUAUUGAGAAAGGUACCUAUUACUGCAGUAUUGAACCACUAGCUGGAAACCAUAUUGAUGAGUAUAGUACUUUAGAGGGCCAACUUUCUUUAAUAGCUAAUCUUGUAUCUUUGGAUCAUACCUCAUCUCUUUCCCAGCAACUUUUGUUGCCGUUUUACCCUGCAUUUCAUGUGCAACAAGAGGAAUUAGUUUUAUCUGAUGUUCAAAGUUCAAAUCAUAUUGUGAUAUCAGCUGUACCUGCUGUUCAGCGAUGCAUUCAGGUAGUUCCAAGUGAUCCAUCAGCCUUAAAAAUCAAGCCAGCUGCAUUAAACUCAAUGUAUCCUUCCACUACCUCUUUUCUGGUCGAGCUACUCGAUUUUAAUGUCUUAUGGAAAAUUGAUGCAUUAUCUUUGCAUGUUGAUAUUAGCUGCCCAUCCACCAAACAACAAGUAAAAGUCCCUAUUAGGAUUAAAAGACUUGAAGUACCGUUAGAUGGCAGUGGCUACUGCCUGCCAUCUCCAGUUCCCCCUGUGUCCGAAAUUUGGUAUGAUUGGUAUUUCAUUCUGAAGAUAACCACAGCUGUUGUAUUUAUCUUUCUAAUUUCUUAUGUUUUCCGGUGGUUAACUAGUGCCAGGAAAGGAAUGGUGACUCGUCAGCCUGUGUUUCUAAAUAACAGUCAUAAUGGUUCUCACAGUUUCUCUUCACCAGGUAGUCCUCAAUUUACACCAUCACCUUUUCGACCACAGAGGCUUUCUCCUCCAGAAGAUAGAUUAGAGGACUUAUCGCAGCCUCUUUUACGACUCUGCACUCUGGAUACUUCUCCUUCUAGACAACAACGAAGGCAUUUAGAUAAUGUGUUCAGGUGAAAAGAAAAAAAAACAUUUGAUUGAAAAAAGAAUAUCAUCUUCACAUUUGUAUUUAAGACUUCAUUUUGUCGUAAAAAAUGUAAAUAAGUUGUUUAUCCCAUUGACAUUAGUGUGUUGAGACUUUUAGAAAAUUUAAUUUCAUAUUUGUAUUGUUAAAGUUAAUGGUUCAGCGACAGCAAUUGCGAAAUGCAAAUCUUUACUGUGAUGAUCAUUUGAAUUGUAUGAUAUAGUGAGGCUUUUAAAUCAAAUUU